AUGUUCACGCUGAUGGCGCUUCGAACGAUGAACCUGAAGAGCCCCACGACCCGUGGGCCUCGGCAGCCUGGAGUGGAGGUCAGGAUUCCUGGCGGGGACACUCCGGAUGGGAAGAGCGGGACCAGUGGAAGUCUUGGGAAGACCACCACUGGCGCCAAGGUGCGCAAGGAUGGCAGGACUUCAGAAGUUCCCCGUGGCCCUUCCGAGAAGAUGGUUGUCCCCAGUUUCUCUGGGGCUGUGGAAAGCGGCUCCGAAGACAUCGGAGCCAGUGCUCGGUCUUACAUGCGGCAAAUCGCCGCCUGGAGGCGGAUGACUCGCAUUGAGCCGUCCCGCCAAGCCCUCACUUUGUACCAGCACCUGAGCGGCAAGGCCUGGAUCGACGCGGAGCGCUUGGACGUCGACAAGCUCGCCGGUGACGACGGCAUGGAGUACUUCCUUGGUUGGGUGACUGACAGGUACUUGGAUGUACAAGUCACCCAGGUUGGCCGCUCCCUCGGAGACUUCUUCAGGCGACUCCGUCGCCAGCAAGGGCAGAGUAUCCGCGACUACAUGAGUGACUUCGACAGAGCCUUGGCGAGGCUUCAAGAAUGCGGAUGCCAUCUCCCCGACAUUGCCAGCGCCUGGGUGUUUGUCGACCGGAUGACUCUUGACGAAGGCCAAGAGUUAAAUCUCCUGGCCUCCGUCCAGAACGAGUACAACCUGAAGAGGCUCCAGCAGGCAGCCAUCGUUCAGGACCGCAAUCUCCGUAAGCCCUGGGAAGCCAAAGGAGCCCAGCCUCAGAGACCGGACCGAGGUCUGAAGUGGUGGGGCCGCAAGCCUCAACAGGCUAACCUCGCGGAGGAUGGCUUCGACGACAUCGACGACUACGGCGACGGCUACCAGGACGCACAGUCAGAGGGCGUACCAGAACAUGUCGCGGAGGAGCUCUACACCUCGUACAUGGCACAUGAGUCCGCCAAACAAAGAUACAAGGAGAUCUCGAAGCUGAGAGGAAGCGACCCGGAAGGAAUGAAGCAGCUGGCGGCAGAUCGCCUGAAACAGGCAAAGGCGAAAAGCUUCUGCGCCGGGUGCCGCAGAAAGGGGCAUUGGCACUUGGACCCAGAAUGCCCUCUGAACCAACCUGGGGGUGGUUCCGGCAAUGCUGGUGCGAAUCCUGGCGGCUCCUCGCGCCCUACCGGACCUACGACGACGCCUACGAGGAAGGACGACGAUCCCAAGGUGAAGAGCAACUACCCGUGCCAGCUUGUGUACGUGACUUGGGACCUCGAUGAGAAGGUCCCCACCUCGAAUCUGACGGCGAUCACCGACACUGCCUGCAGCCGUUCCGUUGCGGGCAUUCCGUGGGUGGAAAAGUAUAUGGCCGAGGCAAAGAGAGUCGGAUACCUCCCGCAGGUGGUGGACUGCAAGGAUUCCUACAAGUUCGGCGCCUCACGCAUCUUCGACUCUACCUAUGCCGUCGUUGUCAGCUUUACGGUGGGUGAGAGUGUCAUUCUCCUUCGUGUCGCUGUUGUGAACGGAGACCUACCACUUCUGGUCUCGCGUCCGGCCCUGGCCCAGAUGGGUAUGGUCAUGGACGUGGAGGAAAACUCCGCGUGCUUCAAGAAGCUGAAUGUGCGUGACUUGAAGCUUCUCUCGACGGAGACUGGCCACCCGGCGCUACCUGUGCGCCCUUUUUGUGUCUCUGCCGCAACCAUCAAGAGUUGCGACUGGAAGGAGCGCGAGCUGUUGAUUGUUCCGAAGACGCAGCAAUACACGGCUUACAUGGUUAGCCUUUCUUUCGAGGACUCCAGAGGCCCAGAAGCUGUACCAGGCCCCAAGGUGUUCUACCCGAAGAAGAUCAGCAUUGAAGCCUACAACCUCCUCACAUCUGAUAAAGUGACGAGUUUCAGCUUCAUCGGAUACAUGUUGUUCCUAGGAGGUCGUUCUUUGAUCCCAGUGGAUGGUCAACGUCGAAUGUUGAACAGAAGUCUGCUCUUCUUCAUGUCCUCGGGUCCCUUCGGUCAACACAGGGUUUUGCUUGCAAGACACAGCGAGAGUUUCCUGAAGUGCACGAUCAGUGGCAGAGCCUUGGAAGCAAAUCUUCAUUCCCGAUGUUGUGGGUCGGAAGAACUUCUUUCGGUAGAGCCUCCAAGCCCUCCUGUUCUUCUUGCUCGCCCCCUGAUGGCCUCACGGUCCCCGGUUUUGACGGCGCCCACGGUGACCAAGCAGAAGGGGCUAUGGGAUCUCCGUCGGGACGAGCUACUACUGAUGGAAGCCGAGGCGAGGGGACUCACCAUCCACGAGAAGUGGACGGUACCGGAGAUCCGUUCGAUCAUCCAGGAGGACAUGAAGCGCAGCGCCCCCGCGACGGAGAUUGGAACCGGAGAAGCGGUGCCGCUGACCAAGAUGACGAUCAAGGAGCUCGAGAACGCGCUCGAGGCCUCGGGGAUAGCGAUUCCGGAGAAGGCCAACAAAGGCAUGUUGAUGCGAAUGCUACGAGACCAAGGAGGACGAGGACCCCAGACGGUGCUCUCGUACCGGCGCUGGGCUGUUCAGGAGGUGUCCGAGAACGACGGGGCCCAGGAGGACUUGAAGAUGUUCGCGGCGUGGGCGAGCCGAGCUCUGGAGAUCACGGACGGAUAUGCGAACAGCUCGGUUCCUCCCCCUUAUGUGGACUCGGAACACUCGGCGAGGAUCCCCUACAACCCGGAGUCCUUCGGCGGCAGCUCGUGGGAUGUGGUCCCGACGAGGAGCACGACUACUACCCGGACGACCACGAGACCCAAAGCCAGACCGACCCGGGCGGAGAACGAGGUGAUCGAGCAGCGCAUCCAAGCACAGCGGCGCCAAGCCCCGCCAUCAUCUCUCGGAAGCCUUAUGGACCAGGAGAUCGACCCCCAGGUCAUGGACGAGAUCCAGUACCUCCAGGCGCGGCUAGCGGUGUUGCGCGACCGGCAUGGAAUGGCCCCCUCGGGAGAGGCCAUUUUGGCGGGUCUCUCGGAGACCAAUGCAGACCUAAUUCGUUUUCUGAAGUUCAAGCACCUCAUCUGCUUUGUCAAGAUGAUCUUCGUCAAGAUCAAGGAGAUCCUGCCGGAGGACCUUCUGUACUACCUGAAUCUCUUCGACCACGAGAUCAUCCUGAAACCUUUCCUCGCGCUUCGGGUCCUGGUUACCAGAACACCAGUGGAACCCAUUGCAAUCCUGGCGGACUUCCUGGUGAUCCUAUUUCUUCGGCACUACCCGUACCAAGUGAUCCAGUUCCCAGUGACCAGAACACCAAUGGAACCCGUUGCAAUCCUGGCGGACUUCCUGGAGAUCUACAUGAUCGAUGAGGGCACUCCUUCCACUGGGCCUCUUGACGCAAGUGGCGCCAGCCUUGAAGAAGCUGCACAGCGACUACUCAAAGAGAAGCGUUUCUCUCUUGAUGAACUUGCUCUACUACUUCCCCAAUUACCUAUGAAGCCGACUUCCAGGCACAGGUGCAUCAAUGGCGACCCCGGCGACAAAACACAGAGUUUCCUCGGCGGGAUGUGGACUCACGGAGGACUCCAUGGAAUCUCGAGAGGAACUGCCCUCUAUCCGAAGUUCGUCUCCUAUGUCAACGAGGUGAUGAAGAGGGCGAGUCCUGUGAAGGACAUCGGUUGGUCUUCCUUUGUCAUCCAUAAGGACGUCGCCACGUGUAUACACCGAGACUCCCACAAUCUUGCAGAGACCCCGGUGCUCACGGUCUCCCUCGGUGACUUUUCCGGUGGUUGCGUAUGGGUCGAACGAGAUCGUGAUGAUGACCCCCUUCACUUACCUGUUGAGUGGCGACCCGACCGAGACGGCAAUCCUCUACCGGGAUAUCUGGCCUCCACAAAAGGCGCUCCCUACUUACUGGACCCGCGGAGGAGACACGCCACAGAACCCUGGACUGGAGAGCGAUGGGUGAUUUCGUGUUUCACUACGAGAAGUUUCCCUUCUGCUGGAGGACGACUACGCGAUGGACUCCGUGAAGUCCGUUUCCCCCUCCGCAAGCUUCCGCCUACUGCUGUCAAAGAGAAUGAGGAGUACGCUCGGACCUCUCGGCCCAUCAAGAGUACGAGGAAAGCUUUGUGGCAGAAUGCCAGGCGGAUCAUCGCGCUUACGGUGUGGUGCAGCAUUGCGGCAUCUGCCUGCGUCCUCCCUGCGUUCCCCGAGUCGCGAGGACCCGAUGCAGUGACGCUCCUCGAGAUCGGUGGUGACUACAAGACCUUUGAGGCCACGGAGCAUGGAUAUGUUACUACUGAACCGCUUUAUGAGGAACACUUCCGGGCCGACCACAACCUCAGCACCACAACAGCGAUACUUGAUGAACUACGACCACGGAGGCUUUGGAUACAUCUCUCGUCUCUGGGAGACCAACUUGAGAGACUGCUUGCUGUUGCCCAACGACAACUCGCGGCCGGGAGGACAGUCGUCCUUGAAGGGAAGCCGGAAGACUCAAGCUGGUCCUCCGAGGAACUCCUUGCCCUCGCCGACUUCUACGACUACAAAUGGACCCACCGUUCCAAUGGCUCCCGAGUUCUUCACCUCAACCCUACCGAGACCUUCGGAGAGGAUGGCGACAACGAGAUCCCCGUCGAGACUUUUCAACGAUAUCUACUACGAGAUGAAGGAGCCGACGGAGGUGAAGAAGCCUACGUUGUCGAUCGGAAGACCGGACGGGCUCCCGACUCUGUGCUCUCCCCCGAGCUCGAGGGUGCGAAGGCUAUUUCAUUCAGCGUCGGAAGCCGGAUCAAGAAAGAGGUUCAAUCUUCUUUGAAACGACUGCACCAGAACCUCGGUCACCCAUUGAACGAGGACCUUGCCCGCCAUCUACGAAUUGCCGGGGCAGGAAGUGAAGUGGUGGAAGCUGUCAAGCGUAUGCGGUGCCAAGUGUGUGAGAGAAACAAGAGAGCCGGUUCAGCUCGACCGGCCUCCCUUCCGACUAUCCUCGACUUCAACCAGAUCGUAGCGGUCGAUGCCUUUUCUGCCUACGACUCCAACCGGAGGAGACAUGAGUUCAUGAUGGUCACAGACUUCGGCACUGGGUUUUCUUUGGCAGGCUCUUUGUCUGGUCACUCCACCCAGACCAUGGAGGCAGAUUUCUGCAGGAUCUGGUCCAACACCUUCGGAGCGCCGGGAACGAUCGCUCUGGACUUGGAGAGCGGCUUGCAGGCCGGUCUCGGGCGUUUUUCGGAGUGGCAUGGGACGAAGCUCAGGCCCUCUGCAGGCCAAGCACACUUCCAACAAGGGAGUGUUGAGAGAGCCAUCCAAACCUGGAAGGAGAUCUGGAAGAAGCUCGUCGACCAGCAGUCCGUUGGCCACGGAGAACUUCAGAUCACCGUCACCGCCAUCAACUCGGCUGUGAACACUUUGAAGAAGCAGUCUGGCUUCAGUGCAGCCCAGGCCGUGUGGGGUCGUGACGCCACUCUCCCCGAGGACCUCCUCGAGACACCACCCGGCGAACAGAUCGACCACAUCCUGACCUACGACCGUCGGAGAAGUCGGGAAAUGGCUAUCAGGUUGGGUGCGAAGGAAGCCUACUUCAAGAACCAGAACGACGCGAAGUUGAGGAGAGCUCUCCUGCAGCGCUCUCGCGUGGCAGGCCCCGAGGUCCAGAUCGUUGUCUACUUCUACCGCAAGCCGAAGAACUGCAAAGACUGGAGAUGGAUCGGCCCGGCUACAGUCAUAGGACUGGAAGGUCCAAACUACUGGACCUCCUUUGCCGGGAGGUGCCACCUCGUGGCCCGAGAACAUUUGCGGAUGGCUACAGGAGAGGAAGUGGGCAGUGCUUUUACUCUGCGUACUACACGAGAAGAUUUGGAGAGACUCUUGGACCGCGACUUCGCCGAAGACGAGAUCUAUGUCGGGGAUGACCGUGAUGUUGGCGGAAAUCCACCUCUUCUACCUGGAGACCCUGGCGUUCCUCUUGGUGACGGUUCCGUUCACCUUCCGGGUGAUCCUCAGGCCUCCCAAGGCGACGUCGAGAUGCCCUACGACGGUGAUUACGAGAACGCCGGGGAACCACACCGGAGUCCAAGGAUGAGAGGAGCUGAAGAAGCCCCUGGUGUUCGGAAAAGGAGGAGGAGAAAAGGGCCACCUCCUCAUCUUGGUCAUGAACUUCCUCUUGUACCCGAUUCACCACUUCCUUCAGGUGACGACCUGCCUAUUGAGGGGGCGGCCAGAGCUUCUGGUGACCGACCCCAAGAAGCUCACAUGCUCAAGCUCCCAAAGACUGCACGAGGCAGGGAGAAGGCACUUGAGAAAGAGCUACCGUGGUCGUUCAUUCCGAGCGACCAACACGAAGCCUUCAAAGCUGCUGAGCGCAAACAGUGGUUGGAGCAUUACGAGCUGGGCGCCCUUGAGCCGCUCUCUGUUUCCGAAAGCCGUCGGAUCUGUCAGGAGAAAGGUGAUCGUAUAUUGGGCAGCAGGUUCGCCUACAGGGAUAAACAUUGGUGCAAGAGAAAGCAGGACGAGGCCCUGCCCUGGAAACCCAAGGCAAGGCUCGUAAUCGCUGGACAUCGAGACCCUGACUUGUCGAGCGGGCUCUCGACCCAUGCGCCCACCAUCUCUCGACAGGGGAUCUUCCUGCUGUUACAGAUCUUAGCCUCGAAUCUGGAUGCCGGAUGGACGGGUCAUGCGGGAGACGUCAGCUCGGCUUUUCUUUGCGGGCAAGAGCUGCAGCGCGAACUUUAUCUCCGCCAGCCGAAAGUGGGGCUAGGUGACUUGCACCCAGAACAACUGCUCAGGAUCAAACGCCCUGUUUUUGGGUUGGUUGAUUCUCCGUCUUCGUGGUGGGACACCCUCAGACAGACGUUGCAAGGCAUCGAGAUGACCGACGAGGCCGGGAAGCGGUGGCACAUUCGGCAGUGUACACUCGACCACUGCAUCUUUAUGGUACAGGAAGUCCUUGAACCGGAUGAAACCGGUGCGCCUCGCUACGGCUCUCCCAAGGCAUUCCUCGGCGUCCAUGUUGACGACAUCCUGCUCGUCGGCAUGGACUCCUUAUGCUCCCUCAUCAAAAAGACCUUGAGUACUAAAUUCCCGAUCCCGGAAUGGGAAACAGGAUCCUUUGAGUACGUGGGAUCCUACAUCGACAUCAAGCCCCACGAAAUCAAGAUAUCCCAGUCCAGCUACGUGAAGACCAGGUUGUUUGAGAUCGAGGUUGGACGCGAUCAGAAGGAUUGGGAGGCAGCCUCUGAUGCCCAGAGGCACGACAACAUGUCACUGGUGGGAGGUCUGAGCUGGCUCUCUAGUCAGACCCGACCAGAUCUUCAGGUCGGAGUGUCCUUGAGCCAGCAGUGCCAGAAGACCCCCACCAUCGGAGACAUCCGGUUUUCGAACAUGAUGGCAAGGAGAGCUUGCGACCACAUGGACGAAGGGAUCCUCAUACGACCAGUUCCGCUCGACCAAGCGGUCCUCUUGUGCUACCACGACGCAGGAUGGGCGAACUGUCCUCAGAGCGACGAGGACCCCUACUACGCCCUCACUCCAGAGGAGAACACCGCCGGCACGAUGCUCGACGGGCCCUACGACUUCCACCUGCGCAAGGCUAAGCGGACGAACUCAUGCAUAGCCUCACAGCUUGGCGGCCUCUACUUGCUCGCCGACCGAGCUAUCCUACAUGGGGGAUGCCACAAAGUGAGCAUCCUAGACUGGAAGAGCUCUGCAUGCGACCGUGUGUGCCGCUCGACUUUCGCUGCGGAGACUAUGGGAUGUGCGACGUCGAUAGAAACUGGAGAGUACAUACUCCGGUUUCUGCAGACCCUUGUGGAUGGAAGGUUGGCUCGAAGCAACGAGCCCCUACGAUACGAAGUUCGUUUCCUGAGUGACUGCAAGAGCUUGUAUGAUACCCUGACGCGGGAUGGAAUACCGCGUCCUCCCUCCUGCAAGAGGCUUGCCAUCGAUUUGGCAGCAAUCAGAGAUGAUCUGAAGUCUCUGGGAAGACUUGUAUGGGUGCCGACAACGGCACAGUAUGCGGACCACCUGACAAAGCCGCUGAAAGCAGCUUUAUGGUGGGAGUCCUUAAAGAAAGGACUCAUUUUGACUUUCAAAGAGAAGGAGGAUAUUUCUAACCAGUGUAAAUCUGUGAAGCUGUUUUCUGAUGCGAAGGGCCCUUCUCUUUGA